GUCGCUUUAAACUAAUAAGAAAAUACGUUUGAAGUCGUGGUUUAGUAUAUAAGGCUUACUGAAAUGGUAAUCCAUUCAGUAUAGUUAUCUAAACUCACUAGCUAUGAAAGCAUUUGUGGUUUUAGGGGCAUUGUCUACUUUGGUAGCUUUUUCACAAGCUGGUGGUGGAGGAUUUGCUAGUUCGAAGGCUAGCGCAUCAGCUAGUGCAAGUGCCGGUUCGUUUGGAGGUGGAUUUGGCGGUGGACCAGGUGGAUUUGGCGGAAAAGGUGGAUAUGGAGGCGGCGGUUUAGGCGGCCACGGUGGUGGUGGACUCGGCGGUGGUGGACUCGGCGGUGGUGGAUUUGGAGGUGGUGGACUUGGCGGUGGUGGCGGACUUGGUGGUGGAUUUGGUGGCGGAGGUGGUGGCGGCGGUGGAUUUGGCAAAGGAGGUGGAGGUGGUCUUGGCGGUGGCCUUGGCGGUGGUCUUGGAGGUGGUGGUCUUGGAGGCGGCGGUCUUGGAGGCGGUGGUCAUGGGGGUGGUGGUCUUGGAGGUGGACAUUACGGUGGAGGCGAACUUGGUGGUGGAUUUGGUAAAGGAGGCGGAGGUGGCCUUGGCGGUGGCCUUGGUGGUGGUCUUGGUGGUGGCCUUGGUGGUGGCCUUGGCGGUGGCCUUGGAGGCGGUGGUCUUGGAGGAGGACAUUUGGGCGGAGGCGGUGGUGGUGGUGGCGGAGGAUUUGGAGGAGGUGGCAUUGGUGGUGGUGGUCAUCAUGGAGGUGGCGGCAAAGGAGGUUUUGGUGGCGGUGGCGGUGGAGCAUCAGCUCAUGCUUCUGCUUCCGCUUCAGCAAACGCUGGCGCUGGAAAAUAUGGCAAAUAGUCAAAAUUCAUAGAAAUUUAACUGUUAUCUAAUAUGGAAUGAUGUAAGAAUAAACGUGAUUUUUAACUAUGA